GGCAAGUGGCAAAGAAAAUGACCCAAAAAGAGAGAAUCAUAUCAUCCAUUCAGUGAAAGAAACUCAAAAAGAGCAGCAACCCUUUUGAGCUGAUUCCUCCAUGGAUCCAAGAAUUUCGUUUUCAAAUGAUUUUGUUGAGACACAGCUGCCAUUGAAGCUUGAGAACAUCUACAGGGAAGCACCAGUUUCUUCUGAUUUUGAGUUCAGUGUUAAGGACAGAUGUAUGAUUGCAGCAGAUGAGAUUUUCUGUCAGGGGAGGCUGCUGCCAUUGAAGGAGAGUUCAAGGAACCUUUUGGUGAAGACAACUUUAAGAGAUGAGUUGCAAGUGAAUGAAGAUGAUGAUGAAGAAGAAGAAGAAGAUGUUUCAUUUCCAAAGCUAACAAAAACUUACUGGAAGGAGAAGUUUGGGUUCAGAAGAUCCCAUUUUGUUUCCAGGAAACAGCAUAGAAAUGAAGGGGUUUUGAAAACUGUGGAAGAGGAAGAUAAAAGCUCUGUUUUUCUUCAUGAGGAUCUCAUAAAUAUUGCAAGAAAAAAUGGGAACUGUUACUUGAAGAAAGCAAACUCACAGAGAUGAUGAUCAUAUCUAAUGUAAAGCAGAAGAUUACAAGUUUUUUUGUUCAGAAGUGUUGUGAUUUUCAAGCAAGAAGCCUGUUGGGGGCAACUGGUUCAGAAACAGAGAGGCUUUUGCUUUUCCUUUUCCAUCACUUUUCUUAUGAACUCUAACUUUCUCUCUUUUAUUUGUAUAAAAAAAAAGCCUUAGAGAUUUGAUAAUGUCUUAUUUACUUGCUGGAUUUUGUUAUAAUACAUCAUCUCUCUCUUCUCUUUCU